AUGAGUUUUUUCAAUUUUGUUCUUCUCUUUUCUUGUUCCUUUGUUCUACUCUCUGCAAAUGGUGAACCCAGCAAUAAAGGUGAAACCUUUAUUGUUUCAAGCUUCAGCUACCCUCGUACUAGGCUCAGACCCUUUGAUUUGCGCUAUAUCAGAGUUGACUUGCCGUCAUGGUUUUCCGCGAUGUAUAUAGCAAUGAACUCAGAUGUAGACCUUGAUGUCUCUAGAAUUGAAAGUGUUCCAAUGAGCACACUGCCAAUAAUAUGCUUUAGAGACGGAGGUCCUCCACUGCCAGAUUCUCUAAACUUAACUUUGAAAGAUUCAGCCAUAUCAGGGAUAAAUGGUUUAGAUGUGGAACAGUGCUUUCCUAUGCAGAAAAAUAUCACUAUGAAACUGACAAACAAUCAGAUAUCUCCAGGUGUUUGGUUCAUUGGUCUUUUCAAUGGCAUUGGACCUACAAGGACACAGUCGAAGAUGAUUAUCCGAGGUCCAGCAUACUCCUUUGCUGCCAAUAUAACUGUGGAAGCAUGCACAAAUUCAAUGAUGAUGGGGGAUUUCUGUAACAGUCCCGUUUAUCCAUUUUCAUGCACAACUUCUAAUGUCAAUAGUUCUUUGAAGGCUACAACGGUGAACGAGCCAUUGUUGGAAAAUUUGAUGACCUGCAAAAGUAGUUUGAAAACGUUUUGUGCUGAUGAAAGCGUAUCAAACGUCUUCUCCUUUGAUAUAGUAAAUGUGGCAGACGAGUUUACCAUUAUGGCCAGCGAUGUCAAAUUCAAUGUCACACCUUCAAACAAAACAUCUGGUGCGGCGAAUGAUGUUAGUUUAAUGUGUUUUGUUCGCCAUGGUUCAAUGCCUUCAGUCGCUUCGUACGAUUACUCCAGUGAUUUAAGUAAAGAGCCGCUGGUUAUUCAUUCACCAUUAAUCGGUCGUUGGUACAUUACUAUCGUACCGAUCAAUCCUAUAAAGAUACAGGAUAGCAAUGUAGGGGUUUGCUAUUCAGUGGAAUCUCAUGUGCUUCAAUGCCCGCUUGGGAAGGCUGGUCCAAAUUGUACAAUGGAUAUCUACACGCUUCAGACAUUUGUACGGAGAGGUCCAACUCCCUUUGAAUCAUAUUAUUUACCGGUCGGUACCGGAGCAUCUUAUACUUCUGCCAAUUUCCCUCUUGAACCACUUUUGAGUAACUCAUCAUACAACGACGACCCCGGUAACAUUUGGACUUAUUUACUUUUGGACAUUCCUCGUGGUGCGGCCGGAGGAAAUAUUCAUGUACAGUUAUCCUCAGACGUGAAGAUCAAUUAUGAAGUUUACGUUAGAUUUGGUGGGCUACCAUCUCUUAUUAGCCGGGACUAUUACUAUGUUAACGAGACAAUAAGAAGCGACACAUCUAUGUUUUUCAUGCUAUACGAUUCGAGUGAUGACAAGAUCAAUUUCUAUAUUAUGUAUGCUAGAGAAGGAACUUGGGGUUUUGGUCUUAGAUAUCUUAAUACCAGCCGCAGUCCUUCUAAAGGGACAACUGUCAUGUCUCUUUCGCUUGAACGAUGCCCGAAACGUUGUUCCUCACAUGGGGACUGUAAAUUUUCUUUUGAUGCAAGUGGCUUGACAUCAUACAGCUUCUGCUCUUGUGAUCGAAACCAUGGAGGCAUCGACUGUAGCAUUGAAAUUGUAUCACAUCAAGGACAUGUACGACAAUCGUUUUUUCUCAUUGUAUCAAAUGCUGCGGCCAUACUUCCUGCCUAUUGGGCCCUUCGGCAAAAGGCAUUAGCAGAAUGGGUUUUGUUUACAUCUAGUGGAAUUGCUAGUGGACUAUAUCAUGCGUGUGACGUAGGUGCUUGGUGUGCAUUGAACUAUAACGUCUUACAGUUCAUGGACUUCUGGCUCUCUUUCAUGGCCGUGAUUAGCACUUUUCUUUAUCUAGCUACCAUUGAUGAAGUAUUGAAGAGAGCAAUCCACACAGCUGUUGCUAUCCUCACUGCUCUAAUGGCUGUAACAAACGCAACCAGGUCUUCCAAUGUUGUUCUUGUGAUAGUGAUUGGUGCUCUUGGUCUCCUUAUCGGAUGGGUUAUAGAAUUGUCAACAAAGUAUCGGUCCCUUUCCUUUUCAGUUAGAUUCUCACUCGAUUUCUCUCACAGUUUGCGAGUAAUAAAGCGAUGGCUAUGUAAUCUUGUUGGAACACUUCUAAGACGGUACCAUUGGCCUUUUGCGUUAGCUGGUUUUUCUGCACUUUCAAUGGCAAUAGUAAGCUGGACACUUGAAACCAGCGAAAAUUACUGGUUUUGGCAUAGCUUUUGGCAUAUUUCAAUAUACACAUCUUCUUUCUUCUUCCUUUGUUCAAAAGCAAAUAUUGUGGGCAGUGAGACUCAGCUACCUGAAAAUGGAAACUAUGAACUCACUCACCGGGAUUCACUUCCAAGAGCCAGUUAG